AUGGAAUCAAGCAUUCUGAGUUUUGAGGAUUUUCCAGCUCUGCAGAGGCAAAGAAGGAACUUCACCAUCUGCAGUGCAAUCAUUGAGGAACAACAGACUGUCCCAAAGAGACAGAAAAUCGACAAGAAGUCCUGUCUCAAAGUGGCGUUUGGGUUGACGGUGCCGGUCCCCCACGGCCUCACCACUUCCCCGACAGCCUGUUGCAGCCAAGAGGGUUCUGCAGCCACAGCAACAGAGCCCAACACAGAGUCUGCGGCUAGACCCGGACCGAGGCCCGCUGCUAGACCCGGACUGAGGCCCACUGCUAGACCCGGACCGAGGCCCGGUGCUAGACCCGGACCGAGGCCCGGUGCUAGACUCGGACCAUGGCCCGGUGCUAGACCCGGACCGAGACCUGCAACUAGACCUGGACCAAGGCCCGGUGCUAGACUCAGACCAUGGCCCCGUGCUAGACCCGGUCCAAGGCCCGGUGCUAGACCUGGACCAUGGCCCGGUGCUAGACUCAGACCAUGGCCCCGUGCUAGACCCGGUCCAAGGCCCGGUGCUAGACCCGGUCCAAGCCCUGCUGCUAGACCCGGUCUAGACAUCUUGGCCAGACCAAGACCCCAGCCUGCAACUGGACCCAGGCCAGAACCCCUGGCCAGACCAGUGCCAAAGACCGCAGCACAGCCCAUGGAGACACCAAAGCCAGAGCCCAUAAAGACACCGGGGCCAGAGGCUGUUGUUGAGGAAAAUCCUCUGUCUGCUGAAGAACAGAUUCUGCAGCUGAAAGCUAUCCAGGCAGAAUCCAAGAGACAGAUUGCUGAUCUGUCCAUGGAUCUGGAUAAAGAACAACUGAAAAUGAGAGAGGCUUCAUUCACCAUUGAACAAAUGGAAGCAUCUCUACAAGAAGUCAGAAAAGAAAAGACGGAGAUGGAAACCUGUUUGGUCGAACAGGUCAACCAAAACUCCCAACUAAAAAUGGAGCUUGAAAAAACUCAGCUGCACCUUAAGGAACUGCAGCACCAGUGGGAGGUGGAAAAGUGCCGUCUUGAAGCAGAGAUAAAGACGGCACUUUCUGAAAAACAAGAAGAUGACUCCGACCAGAAAAUAGAUUCUAUAGAGGAGGUGGUGGACAGACCAGAAAAAAAGAAGAAGUCCUGGUGGAAGAGGUUCGUCAAUUUCUUUAAGAGAAGUGGUGGAACCAAACCUCACCCUGAGUCCUGA